CUAUAAAAACCGUCUUUUUAAAGCAGAAGCAAGGAAGACUACCAAAAAAAAACGCCCGACCAACACACAGCUACCUGCACUCCUACUACCUGAACUCACCAACCAAACAACAAGAAGGAAAGGGCAAGAGGCAUGGAUUCCGAUUUCGGCAUCCCUAGAGAACUUUCCGAUCUCCAAAAACUCCGAUCUCUUUACCAGCCAGGACUCCCUCCCUGUCUUCAGGGAACUACCGUGAGGGUAGAAUUUGGGGAUGUAACCACAUGUGCGGACCCGGCUGAUGUCCACGCCAUAAGCCGAGCCUUUCCCCACACCUAUGGUCAGCCCUUGGCUCACUUCCUCAGGGCAACUGCUAAAGUCCCUGAUGCUCAGAUUAUAACCGACCAUCCUGCUGUCAGGGUGGGAAUAGUCUUCUGCGGGAGACAGUCUCCUGGAGGACAUAAUGUCGUAUGGGGUCUUCAAAACGCUCUUAAAAUCCAUAAUCCUAAAAGCACUUUACUUGGAUUUCUAGGAGGUUCUGAAGGUUUUUUUGCUCAGAAAACACUUGAAAUUACAGAUGACAUUCUUGAGACCUACAAAAAUCAAGGCGGUUAUGAUUUGCUGGGACGGACAAAAGAUCAAAUAAGAACAACCGAACAGGUUAGGGCAGCACUAACUGCGUGCAAAGAUUUGAAAUUGGAUGCCCUUGUUAUCAUUGGAGGAGUUACAUCAAAUACAGAUGCUGCUCAGCUUGCUGAAACAUUUGCUGUGGAAAAAUGCCAAACAAAGGUGGUUGGUGUUCCUGUUACUUUAAAUGGAGAUCUCAAGAAUCAAUUUGUGGAAACCAAUGUUGGUUUCGAUACAAUAUGCAAGGUUAAUUCCCAGCUCAUCAGCAAUGUGUGCACCGAUGCUCUCUCUGCAGAGAAGUAUUAUUAUUUCAUCCGGCUCAUGGGCCGAAAGGCAUCUCAUGUUGCUCUGGAAUGCACACUUCAGUCUCAUCCAAAUAUGGUUAUUCUUGGUGAGGAGGUGGCUGCAUCGAAGCUUACUCUUUUUGACUUGACCAAAAAAAUUUGCGAUGCAGUCCAAGCACGAGCAGAGCAAGACAAGAAUCAUGGAGUCAUUCUACUGCCAGAGGGACUCAUAGAAAGCAUUCCUGAGGUCUAUGCUCUCUUGAAGGAAAUACACAGUUUACUCAAGCAAGGUGUUGCUCCUGACAGCAUUUCAUCACAGCUUUCACCAUGGGCAUCUGCUUUACUUGAAUUUUUGCCACCCUUUAUCAAGAGAGAGCUGCUGCUUCAUCCUGAAUCAGAUGACUCAGCACAGUUAUCCCAGAUUGAAACAGAGAAACUUCUAGCACAUCUUGUGGAGGCAGAAAUGAACAGGCGGCUGAAAGAAGGGACAUAUAAGGGGAAGAAGUUCAAUGCUAUAUGCCACUUUUUUGGUUAUCAGGCCCGAGGGUCCUUACCAUCGAAAUUCGAUUGUGACUAUGCCUAUGUUCUUGGGCACAUCUGCUACCAUAUUUUAGCCGCUGGUUUGAAUGGUUACAUGGCCACAGUAAGUAACCUAAAGAAUCCCUCGAACAAGUGGCGUUGUGGUGCUGCUCCUAUUACAGCAAUGAUGACAGUGAAGCAUUGGGCUCAAAGCCCUGGUGCAUCUUCAAUUGGAAAACCUGCUAUUCAUCCAGCUACAGUGGAUUUGAAAGGCAAAGCAUAUGAGCUGCUGAGAGUAAAUGCAGGAAGAUUUUUGAUGGAAGACCUGUACAGAAAUCCAGGUCCCCUUCAAUUUGAUGGUCCUGGUGCUGAUUCUAAGGCUGUAUCUCUCUCUGUUGAAGACGCGGAUUACAUGGGCCGGAUCAAGAAACUGCAGGAAUACCUUGACAAGGUUAGAAACAUUGUGAAACCAGGGUGCUCUCAGGAUGUCCUGAAAGCUGCGUUGAGUGUCAUGUCUUCUGUGACAGAUGUUCUCUCUGUGAUGUCCUCAACCUCAUCCAGUGGCCUAACAACCCUUUAAGAGGACAGCUUCAAAUUUUCCUUUCCUCGAGCUACCUCUGUUGUUCCGUGGUUUGGCAAUUACGUACUCCUGUUGGAACACUUUGUGCCUUUUUUUCUUAAUUUUUAUUUGGAACAGUAGGUAAUUAGAUUGGUAAUAAGCCAACUUUUCUUCUUCUUUAAUCAGCUGUAACUUUCACGUGUGAGAAUAAUGAGGCAAAGUUGAAAUUUUGUUAA